AUGCCCACCAUCACCGUCGACAAGGCAGAGCUAUACAAGCGGCUCGAGAGGGAAUACUCGACAGAAGAGUUUGACGAGCUCUGCUUCACCUUUGGUGUCGAGCUGGACGAGGACACCACAAAGGAUGUGCUCGCAGCUCGAGCCAAGAACCUGCCUACACCACCGCCUCAGCUCAAAAUCGAGAUACCUGCGAACCGGUAUGACCUGCUGUGCGUCGAGGGGAUCGCAAAGGCACUCAGGGUGUUCUUGGGGUUGGAGAAGACCACCCACUACACGUUGAGCAGCCCGGCCAAGAUGGAGGAGCUCUACGUUGAGGCUUCGACUUCACCGCUUCGACCCUUCGCUGCUGCUGCCAUCUUGCGCUUAGCUCAACCUAUGAGUCAAGCAGCGUACGAUUCGUUCAUCGACCUGCAGGACAAGCUGCAUAUGAAUCUUUGCAGGCAGAGGCGACUGGUCAGUAUGGGGACACACGAUCUGGACACCAUCGAGGGGCCGUUCCGGUAUGUGUGCGAAGACCCAAAAACCAUCAAGUUUGCGCCUUUGAACAAGGACCAAGAGUACACUGGCGAGGAGUUGAUGACUCUCUACGACCAAGACCGCAAUUUGAGCCGGUUCCUCAAUAUCAUCCGAGACGCACCCGCCUACCCCGUCAUCUACGACAAGAACAACCGUGUCUGCUCUCUUCCCCCGAUCAUCAACUCCCAACACUCCAAAAUUGUCGCUGGCCGAACGGAAAACAUUCUCCUGGAAAUCACCGCGACCGACAAGACCAAGCUUGACAUUGUCGUCAACAUGCUCUCUACCAUGUUUUCAGAGUACUGCAAGGUCCCGUUCGAGAUUGAGCCGGUCCGGAUCCACAUGCCAGACGGAUCGUCGCACAUCUCCCCUCCUAUCGCUCCGAGACGCACGACCGCCUCGUCCGCCUACAUCAACGCCGCUACCGGAUUGUCGCUCUCACGGGAAAAGAUGUCGGAAAUGCUCAACAAGAUGUCGCUCGCGAGUCAGCCCUCGGCGGAUGCGGAUGUGCUGGAUGUCGAGGUACCAUGUACUCGUCCAGAUAUCCUGCACGAAUGCGACAUCAUGGAGGAUCUGGCGAUCGCUUAUGGGUACAAUGAUUUGCCAAAAUCGCUUCCUACCACCAAUACCGUCGCCAAGCCGUUCCCGGUCAACAGACUGGCGGAUAUUCUGCGGAAAGAGUGCGCCCAGGCGGGGUGGCUUGAAGCGUUGCCGUUGAUCCUGUGCUCUCACGAUGAGAACUUUGCCUGGCUGAACCGGCCUGAUCCUGGAAACUACGCUGUCGCCCUUGCCAACCCCAAAUCCCUCGAGUACCAAGUCGUCCGCACCUCGCUACUUCCCGGUAUCCUUAAAACUGCUCGGGAAAACAAAUCCCUCGCUCUCCCCAUGAAGAUCUUCGAGGUUUCGGAUGUCGCCAUCCAAGACCCCUCGGUUGAGCGCCAGGUCACCAACUACCGCCGAAUGGUAGCGCUGUACAUGGACAAGAAGGCGGGCUUUGAGAUGGUGCAUGGGUUGCUGGACCGGAUGAUGCAGAUUCUCGGGGUGCCGUUCCUGCAGAGCGAGAAGAAUGAGGCGGAUUACGGAUAUUACAUUGCUGGUGCAGAAGAUCCUACCUAUCUCCCAGGUCGAGGCGCGCGAGUCUACCUCCGCCCCAAGCCAUCCAUCCCCGCGGCCGAUCUCGCCAAACCCACUCCAUCCGCCCCUGCCACCUCCAACCCCCUCCACACCAUCGCCGAAACCCUCAAAGCUGCUCUGCCCGGCUCGGCCACCAAGUCCCGGGACAUUGUUCUUGGGUCAUUGGGUAUACUUCACCCUUCCGUCCUCGGCAAGUUUGAGCUGAGCAGACCAUGUUCCGUGCUCGAGGUAGAUAUAGAACCUUUGCUGUAG